AGUACACAUGAUGCGUUGAAAGAGGAGGUAGUUCUUCAUUUCAAUCAGUUGUGUAUUGAGUUCUCUAUUUUUCUUUUUUUUCGGGGAGUGGGGAAUAAUGAAAGAGGUCUUCCGACAAAGCGGACAACAACAUGAACGGCGCGCUGUAUAUUUCGUUUUUCCAAGGCCAACUCGAAUCUGCACUGGAGCAGGUAGUGCAACUCGCCGUUCAGGAAAUAACCAAGACUGUUGGUGCCACCUUGAAUUCUAUGUUGAUGGAAACGACUGCAAAGGACCAAGAAAACCAACGACUGAGGCUGAAGCUGCAGUCGACAGACUCUGAAUGUAAUGUAAAAAGACAUGGCAAACCUGCCACUUUCAAAGGCGGGAGAGAAACGACUAUGGCCAGCGAGGAAACAAAGCCGGAGCAACACACCCCCAGCCCAAGUCGAGAGCGCAGCAUGCAGGCAGACGCUCUCAGGAUUGAGCAAAAAGGACGAGCAGUGGGUCAGCUGAAAGCGGUGAUGGAACAGGUGCUGGAGUUUGCUGUGACUGAGCUGACUAAGAUCGUGGAGGACAGCUUUGACGACCUGGUCCUGGAGAUGACCAAGGUGGAGCACGAGAACGACUCCUUGAGCAAUCGGCUGCUGCGGACGGGAAAGAAGUGUCGCAACGACAGCGACUCUGGCAGCAAAAGCGACAGUGCCGUGGAGGAGAAGCGCGGCGGCGUCACCACGGGGAAGAGGGAGUCGGACAACGACAAUGAUUCCGACUCGCCGGGAAGUUCGGAAGGCACACGCCAAGAGGUGCCCAGAGUCUCCGAACGUGCUGCCAAAAUCACCCGAGCCAAACAGCAGGUUGCAAACGACGCCACAAAUGACACAGACAAGCAGAAAGUGUUAGCCGUGGCUCAGGACUGGGUGCCCAUCCUGGACAAGGUCUUUGGUCAGAAGUGGUGCAGCGACGCGUGGCACAUCAAAGAGGUGGCGUCGGUGGUGAAGGCCGAGGGCAAUGCCGACAUCGCGCUCAGCCCGCUCGGUCCGGGCCAGGCCUCGGGCAUCGACGCCCUCAUCCGCGAGACCCUGCAGCCCACCCUGCCCCCCACCGGCCCCAGAGAACCCAACACGGGCCAGUCCCAGUGGCUGCAGCCGGAAGACCUCGAGGUGCUAUCCCCACCCCCCGAACAUCAGACGGUCCCCGUGGUCAGCAGCCCCACAGGUGGCGUGCCUGAUUUGACAUCCCCCUCCAUGCUGCACAGGCUGCUGACACUCCCUUCCCAGCUGCUAGAGGGCGACGAAGAGUCGAGCGAGGGGCUACCUGUGCUCUCCGAGGCUCCUGGCAGCACUACCGAGGCCUUUGAAACAGCCAUCUCUCCAGGGCCCACCGCCACCCCUCCCACCCUGACAGCAGAAGAAGAGGUUGUAGCGGAGGAGGAGGAAGAGAUGGAAGAAGAGGAGGAAGACGAAGGGGACAAAAGUUCAGACACGGACCACUGUUUCUCACCCAGAGGCCCCCCCCGGGGACCUGCCAGGAAGUCGCACGGCUGCAAGCAGUGCGGGAAGCGCUUCGCCCGGGCACACCUGCUGAAGGCUCACCAGCAGACACAUGAGCUGGGCUCAGCCCUCCGCUGCUCGGAGUGCGGCAAGCGCUUUACACACACGUCCCGGCUGCAGGCCCACCUGCGCACACACCGCGAACACCACACCAGAGGACGACGAGACCCUCAGCACUGAGGGCCAACCAACACAAAAGUUCAAAAAAAAGGAAAAAUCCACAGAGGUUAACUUUUACAGUGUUUUUUGUUUGUUUUGUUUGUUUUUUUAUUAUUUGUUUUUGUUUUUACAUCUAACUGUGAGUUUUGUGCGUCUCCACACAUGUAAAAGAAAAGGAGAAAAUGAGAGGGAGAGAGCAACGUAUGGCAAAAUGACGGUGAAGUGCUUUCCUGAGGAUGAAGUGAGCCUUGCACCAUUUUGCCCUGGGAGCAGAAGAACACAGCCCUAUUUUUGUCUUCUGCUAAGGUACUCUGUUCUUUGGAGCGGAUUGGUGUUAGGAGUUCAAUGCUACCUGCUGUGACUUUUUUUGUUUUUCUAUUUUUUUUUUAAUCAUUUGGAGCCUGCUAAAAUGCCACCAGUGUCAAAGUCGUAGAUUCUGAUGCUGCCAAGUGGAAUAGCAAUGUGAGACAUGGCCAUUUAAAAGUAAUGUGCAUGAAAGCACAGGAGGAAUCAUGGCUUAGUGCCAUGAAAGGAUGGGCAAUGAAGUGACCUUUUUAAGAGAGGGAAGAAUGCAAGAAUGAAAGAUUCCAAAUCUUAAACAAAAUCUCUAUUUUCGUCCCCCCUUACUAAAACAAAUGGCCCAAAAAGUGUACCUAGUAUAUGGCGUUUGACGCGUGCUUGAUUUCGUUUUUCGUAAUCAAAUAAUUCCCUAUAGGCCGUACAGGUCUCAUUUGCCUCAAAACAAAGAGUCACUCUUGUUUGUGAAUUGUUCUCACAGUGUUCACAGUGGCUUUCCAAAAGUUGAAGUAGCACAGUUUAAAAAAUGAAUGUGAAUCACGUUUGCCAUCUCCAGUAGCACAGCUUUAUAGCUGUGACUUACAUUUGACAAGGCAUAUGUGCCUACAGAGGGAAAAGUCAGCAAUGGAGUUAACAUUAGCCAUGUACAGAGGCAUUGACAUGUUUUUUGUUGCCCACCUCUGAAUGUGAUAUUAUAACAAUAUUAUUGAAUGAACCAGGGAUUUCUAUUAAUUGUAGUAAAAUACACAAUCCACUUUUUACAGUCGCCAAUGACACAAACAACUUUUUUUUUGUAUGGAGCAGAAAUACCUCAUAAAUAACAGAAUUUCACAUGCUAACUUGGAUGAAAGGGAACACUUUUUUUCUUUUUUUUCCUCCUUUUUUUCCAAUUUGUGAAGUGCUUGGCUACACAGCACAACUGUAUACUGGCCAUGGAUUUAGUAGAUGGCCUGUGAUAUCUCUAUGACUGACUUGGCCAUUCAAGGACCCCCACAGCAACUGCUGGGGCUGCACAAGAAUUGUAGUUUGUUGUGUAUAUUUGACGGAAGUCAACAAACCCCAGACAUGAGGCACAACGAAGAAGUCUAAAGGGGUAAAACGAAAAGUGAACAUGACUACAACAGGCUCGAAGAAAUGCUACUGUAUCUUCAGCGGUCGCUGAGGUGACAUGCUGUCGUCUGCGGUCUUGUUGAUGUAGAGUCAAGAACCUUUGUCUUCUUUGCGUCUCUCUUUAGUGCUUAAAUGAGCAUUGUUUUUUGUUUGUUUUUAUAUUUCUGUUUCUCAAUUUUGGG